AUGACCCAUCUCAAAGCAUCGAAUCUAUUCUCAGUCAAAGACCGGGUUGUUGUGAUCACCGGAGGCGGAAGUGGCCUCGGACGUAUUAUGACAAAAGCCCUGGACGCCAACGAAGUCUCCAAGAUCUUCAUCCUCGGCCGACGCGAGGACGCACUCCAAGAAACGGCCUCACAAGCCAUAAACGGCACCGUCAUCCCGAUCCAAUGCGACAUCACCUCAAAGGAAUCUCUCGAGGCAGCCUACAAAGCCGUCGCAGUCCAAACAACACACGUCGACCUCCUAAUCGCCAACAGCGGCGUAAUAGGCCCGCCCAUGAAACCCCCGCAACCUGCACAAGACGGCUCCCUCCCGCCUCUAUCACAAGUUCGCGAUGAACUCUUCAAUAUUCCCAUGGAAGAGUUUAACAACGUGAUGAAUGUGAAUGUUACUGGGUCGUAUUACACGGUGCUGGCAUUCUUGCCUCUGCUUGAGGCGACGAAUAAGAGACGUCCUGCGCCGCAGGAGGAUGUUCUUGCUGCCCCGACUGCACAGGUUAUCAUCACUAGCUCAAUUGCUGGGUUUAUUCGCAAGGUGCCGUUUAGCUUUGCGUAUAACUCUUCCAAGGCUGCUACGACACAUCUCAUUAAGUUGCUUUCUACUGCGUUUGCUCAUUACGGUAUUCGGGUCAAUGGCAUCUCGCCUGGUCUUUACUACUCGGAUAUGGCCAGUAAUAUCUUCCAGGCUUCGGGUAUUCAGGGUCGGGCUAUUUCUGAUGGCUCAUUCCCGAAGGAGAUGAUUCCUGCUACUCGUGGUGGGAGUGAGGAGGAUAUUGCAGGUUUGAUUGUUUGGCUGGCUAGUAACUCGGGUGGUUAUAUCAAUGGUAAUAUCUUGGUUACUGAUGGCGGCCGAAUUUCUGUUUCGCCAGCUGUCUACUGA